UUCGUAAAAAAUAUUUUUUGUUUUCUUUUGUUACUAUUUUGUUAAACAUUUGCAAAUAUUCAUCAGCCACUUUAAUUUGGAAUGUUUAUCAAUGUGUUGUUUUAGUUGUUUAAUAUCAGUAUAAGUUCGGAUGGUGAUUAAUAAAAAAAAAAAUGUCUAAACGUGAGUCAAAAAUAUCGGACACUUACAUUUUUUCGCCAAUUUUACGUUGCAAAAUAUAACAUUAAUUUAUAGUCAACAAUUAUUUCGAAAUGAACAAAUUAAAAUCAUCUCAAAAGGAUAAAGUGAAAAAAUUUAUGUCAUUCACACAGACAUCUGAAAGUGUUGCAAUUUUUUGUUUAUCCAAAAAUGACUGGAAAUUAGAACAAGCAUCAGAUAACUUUUUUCAAAAUCCACAUGAAUAUGAAACUGUAAAAAUCAACACUCAAUUAAGUUUUGUAGUUGAUAAAAAAAAGCUGGAGGCUAUGUAUAAUAGAUAUCGUGAUCCAGCUGAACCGAGCAAAAUUAAUGUUGAAGGUGUUAUGCGUUUGCUGGAUGAACUCAAAUUACCUCCAGACUCAAUAUUAGUGCUCAUAAUUGCUUGGAAAUGUCAAGCAGCAGCUCAAUGUGAAUUUACUAAACAAGAAUUUUUAAAUGGAAUGAGUAAAAUGGGGUCUGAUUCAAUAGAGAAAUUAAAACAUAGAUUACCAAUAAUAGAAAAAGAACUUUCAGAACCAUCAAAAUUCAAAGAUUUUUACUAUUUUACAUUCAAUUAUGCUAAGAAUAUAGGUCAAAAAGGUCUAGACCUUGAUAUGGCUAUUACUUACUGGAACAUUAUUUUUGUGGGCCGAUUCAGGUUCCUUGAUCUAUGGUGCCAGUUUCUGAGAGAACACCACAAUAAAUCAAUACCUAGAGAUACGUGGAAUCUUUUAUUAGAAUUUGCUUGUGUUAUUGAUGAAGAAAUGACAGAUUAUGACCAAGAAGGAGCAUGGCCAGUUCUAAUAGAUGAAUUUGUAGAAUGGGCUAGGCCUAUAGUAGGCCGAAAUGAAUCAACCCAUAUUAUAAGUGAGACCAGAUUAUUGUAAAAACGAAUGAACAUCGUCAUAUACAUAUGUUUUUAAAUUAUAAUAUUGAAAAUGUUGAUUCUCUGUUUUAAAUUUGUUUGAGGGAGAAUAAUGUAUGACUGCUCUACUAAAAUAUAUACCUUGGAAAUAUUUUUACAACAUGUUAUUUAAUUUUUAUAGCCUAAAUUAUAUUAACAAUGUAUUCAUUACCUCUUACAAAAUUUGGAAUUCGAUAAUUAUUGUGUUAUUAAAGCUUUAAUGAAGAUGAAGGAAGUAUUUAGGUCUCAUUGUUUGUACUUUGUUUGUUUAAAUAGAUGUUACAUCAUAUAUAAUGUGUAUAAAUUUAAAUAAUAUACAUUUCUGGUUCUGGCUUUCAACAAUAAGAA